UCCGUCCAUUUCAGUUCAGCAUUCUUUUAGUCCGGGACAACAUGGCUACUGCAGCGAGCCGUUACUACAGCGAAGACGGCAGGGCAACAAAACGACAGAAAACCGACGGAAUGGCGGGAUACGAAGACCCACACAAGACUCUUCCUUCAGUUGUGGUUCAUGUCCGGGGACUGAUGGAUGGAGUCACAGAGGCUGACCUUGUAGAGGCCUUACAGGAGUUUGGGGCAAUCAGUUAUGUUGUUGUGAUGCCAAACAAGCGGCAGGCUCUGGUAGAGUAUGAGGACAUGAAUGGAUCAUCUACAGCAGUUACUUACGCCGCAGACAACCAGGUUUACAUCGCUGGACACGCAGCCUUCAUCAACUAUUCUACCAGCAAAAAGAUUUCCAGACCAGGCGACUCUGACGACUCCAGGAGCGUCAACAACGUUCUUCUCUUCACCAUCAUGAACCCCAUCUACCCCAUCACCACGGAUGUCCUCUACACCAUCUGCAACAACUGUGGACCUGUUCACAGAAUCGUCAUCUUCCGGAAAAACGGCGUCCAGGCCAUGGUCGAAUUUGACUCGGUGCAGAGUGCGCAGCGAGCCAAGGCAUCACUCAACGGAGCAGACAUUUACUCUGGCUGCUGUACCCUGAAGAUCGAGUAUGCUAAGCCUACCCGCCUGAAUGUGUUCAAGAAUGACCAGGACACCUGGGAUUACACAAACCCCAACCUGGGAGGACCAGAUGGUGAUGCAGAUGGCAAUGGGAGCAGUGCAGAAGAUGUGAACGCAAACCCUAACAAGCGGCAGAGACAGCCGGCGCUGCUCGGAGAUCAUCCUCCAGAGUACGGAGGCGGUUACCAUGGCUACGACGAGAGCUAUGGAUCUCCUCCUUAUGAGAGCCGUCGCAUGGGCCCUCCAAUGAGGGGCCGUGGGGGGAGGAGCUACGGGCCGGGUUACGGACCCCCUCCCCCGCCUCCAGGCGAAUACGGUGCCCAUGCAGACUCUCCAGUGCUCAUGGCUUAUGGGCUCGACACGGCUAAGAUGAAUGCAGAUCGAGUCUUCAAUAUCUUCUGUCUCUAUGGAAACGUAGAGCGGGUGAAGUUCAUGAAGAGCAAACCUGGGGCUGCCAUGGUGGAGAUGGGAGACUGCUACGCUGUGGACCGUGCCAUCACACACCUCAACAACAACUUCCUGUUCGGCCAGAAGCUCAACGUGUGCGUCUCUAAACAGCAGGCCAUCGUUCCCGGUCAGUGCUACGAGCUGGAGGAUGGAACCAGCAGCUUCAAGGAUUUCCACGGCUCCCGGAACAACCGGUUUGCCUCCCCAGAGCAGGCGGCCAAGAAUCGCAUCCAGCAUCCGAGCAACGUGUUGCAUUUCUUUAACGCUCAGCCAGACGUCACCCCAGAGAUCUUCGCUCAGAUUUGUGAAGAGCUUGGAGUAAAGACUCCGGUUAACGUCAAAAUGUUCACGGGAAAAAGCGGCGCCGCUCCCAGUGACCGCAGUGCUUCCGGUCUCUUAGAAUGGGAGUCCAUCAAUGAUGCCAUGGAAGCUCUGGCUCUGAUGAACCACUACCAAAUGAAAAACCCAGGUGUGGGGGGGCAGGCGAGCAAAGGGUCAACAAAGGGUGGUCCUUACCCCUACACGUUAAAGCUGUGCUUCUCCACCGUCCAGCACGCCAACUGAUAGAUGGUUCCACUCAAGUCCACUUUGAAGAACCAGGACCUGCUCGCAUGUAGUCUGACCCGGACUGCUUGUGAAAAUUACUUCGACUAACAACCUGAUUGAUCCGUGUUUGGCAUAAAUUAUCGUUUAAACCCAGUAACAAGUGUUUAGAUUUAAUCUUCAUGGCCAAGAUGUGGUUCGCCUUUGUGUCCACACAUUUAGUUGUCCCUCUGAAUUGUUGAACUAAGACGUGGACAUCUGAUGGCUGGUUUUAUGAUCAGGCUGAAGAACGCAGCGUUGCUUCAAACUUUUAUUAUAUCAUGUUUUUGUUUUUUCUUGUUUUAAUUUACCGACUGUUUGUUUCUGUGUUUAAACAUGAUAUGCAGUUGGAGAAAUGUUUUGUUCUAAGAAAAUAAAGAAAAA